AUGGCUGAGGAGUCUGCCCCCAACCCGACUUUCAUGGACCUCGAUGAAAAUACACAGCUGUCUUCAUAUGGAUCACGUGUCGAGUCUCCUGAGAUGCCACUGGAGCCGCCUUCAAUAAAUCUUACUUCCUUCAAACCUGGCAAAGAUAAUGUCAGAGAGCUUGGGGAUGGAAUACUCACCAUUAGACUGGCUCCAGGUGAACGACUAGUUGUCCUUGGCCAGUUUGAGGUCUCCGUUCAGAAGGGCCAAAUAACACUUAUGGGAUCGAUUUUACUGCCAUCCAAAAAAUUGUACCGAGUAUUUGCCUCAUCUUCACAUUCUUUGCCCGUAAUGAGGUGCUUGGCAACUGAUUCCGAGCCUGCUGAACUUCGUCUGCACCCUUGUAAAGUUGGUUUGGGGUCACUGGAGUCACUCUCGCCACUCUUUGGUAAGUUAUGGAAUGACAACUCAGGUCCACUGGGUCUGGAGUAUACAAAACUGGUCCAAAAGACUAAGAGAAGCACUUUCCAAGUACUUUUCUCCUCAAAUAGUGGUCCUCCAAAGGCCUACCUUCAACCUCUGAUCUCCCCUCCAGAGUGGAACGAAAUGUUGGCGAAAUGCUCGAUGCCGUCUGAACAAAGCCCCCCAGCCUUCAUGGUGUGCGGUCCCAAAUCUUCUGGAAAAUCAACAUUUGUCAAAUUCCUUGCCAACAGACUCCUAUCCACAUUAACUGAUGCUUCACAACCGGAGAGGCCAACCAAGAAACUAGGUGUAGCGCUCUUAGACCUCGAUCCGGGUCAACCUGAAUACUCACCACCAGGACAGCUUUCACUUGUCCAUGUUUCCGAACCCAAUUUUGGUCCGCCGUUUGCUCAUCCCAUUCCGGAUGCCAAGAGCAAAAUAAUCAGGUCCCACUCAAUUGCAGCAAUAUCGCCAUCCCUAGAUCCCAGUUUGUACAUGGCCUGCGUUUCGGACCUCUUUGCACAUUACCGCAAUCUCCUUUCGACGGAGGCAAGCUGCCCCUUAGUCAUAAAUACUCCUGGAUGGGUGUUAGGCACGGGAUUGGAAAUCCUGGUAGAAAUAAUCACUCAACUUCGGCCGAGUGAGAUUAUUUAUAUGUCUCAGGAUGGACCACCAGACGUCGUUGAUAGCCUGCGAGAAGCAGCUAAAUCGACUCUUGUGCUCACACUACCAUCCCAGGUCAGUGAGUAUACAACAAGAACGGCAGCUCAUCUCAGAGCGAUGCAGUCGAUGUCAUACUUUCACUUAGAUUCAGCCACAAAGUCAACAUUGGCAUGGAACAGUCUACCUUUGACUUCCAUACCACCUUGGGAAAUAAAUUAUUCAGGAGAGAAUCCUGGACUGCUUGGCGUUAUGUGCUAUGGAGAGCAACCGCCUGUAAACCUUCUUGCGGAUACGAUCAAUGGCUCUCUGGUAGCUGUCGUCGUCAUCGAUGAUAUGGCAGCGAUUCCUGGCUGGACCUCAGAAGGAGACAACAUGGAGCCUCCCACGCACGUCUUUGACAAGACGGACGAUACAGAAAUCCGUGCAUUUGAUCAAGAUUCCCUCCAGCUUCAACAUUUGGAAAGGCCACUAAUAGUAUCCACCCCUGAUGAAGAAAUACCCUACUUCAACCCCUCAAAUAAUAUUUCGCUUGAUCCUAAAUACUCUCACAGUAUUGGUCUUGCACUAGUCAGAGGCAUCGACGUGGCUCGGCGUCGACUGCAAGUCCUAACUCCAAUUCCAUCAAAAGUGAUCGAGGAUGUCAGCCAGGCCGGGAAGUCAAUCGUUCUAAUUAGUGGAAAACUUGACACGCCUGGCUGGGCAUACAUCGAGGAGCUUACACGAAAGACUGCUUUGGAUAAAGCGGCGAGGAAACAAGGAGGUAGAGAACUGGACCUUGACGAUGAAGGAUCCCCGGAGUUUGAAGCCGAAGCCUCUAAAGGUAUGGAUGAGACUGGGAAUCAGAGUCUGGGUGAUGGAUUCCAGAACGCUCCGUGGGUGGACAGACUUGAAGGAUCUCAGGGACGGGGAACAGGGGCCCGUGUUUGGAGGGUGAGGAGAGAUCUGGGUAGGACUGGCGAUGGAGGUGAUUGA